AUGGAAGGGAAAUUAGAAAUUGGCUCCACUAGCAGUGAACCUACUCUACAGGGGGCUUUGUAUUAUCAUGGAUACUGGUCCCAAGACAAGAGAUAUGAUCAUAAUGCACACAUCCUAUGUGCUGAGGCUGGGUUGGCUCCUCAGCUGCUCUAUGUUGAUGCUCAGCAUGGAUUUAUAAUGAUAUUGAUGGAAUACGUUCACAGACACCUGCUUAGUUCAUACUCACCAGCAGAAAUUCAGGGCUUGUCACUGGAUUCUUGCCAUAGAAUCCUUGCAGAUAUUACAGCAGCUAUCAAUGUUUUGCAUCAGACAAACACUGUAUUUGGCAAUCUUCACCCUCUGAACAUUCUGGUAGUGGAUAAUGGGACUCAUGGCAUUAUGAUUCAAGACUCGUCGUUGGCUGCUGCAAUAGGUCUCUUAUUCAAUGCAGCGAAAGUACUGGCUGAACAACAAACCAAUAUUAAUAUGACAAUCGAACUAUUAUUUGUGUAUGUACCCAAGCAAUCUCAUUGGAAUUUCACAACAGACAACAACUGA